AUGGGAUAUAAUGGAUUUGGUCUUGAGCAUACAAUAGCACCACCAACAUAUAAACCGUUCAGAGAAUUAUCACAAAUUGAACAAAGUGAAAGAGGAGCACAGAUGAUGAUUGGCUUCAUGUCUUCUUGUCCCGGGAAAACCGUUGUGAGUGGUGUGACAGGGUUCAGCUUAGGUGGUGUACUAGGUCUAUUUAUGGCAUCAAUGGCAUAUGAUACGCCUUUACAUUCACCAUUGAGUGGUGUUGCGAGUGUUGGCAAAAUUGCUGAGAUACCGAUGACUCAACAAAUAAAAUUACAAUUCGCAGAUAUGGGGAAAAGAUCAUACUCUAGUGCAAAGAAUUUCGGUUAUAUGGGGCUGAUAUAUGCUGGUGUAGAAUGUGUAGUAGAAUCAGUUCGUGCAAAGAGUGAUAUAUAUAACGGACUUUGGGCUGGUUGUUUAACAGGUGGCGGAUUGGCUUAUAAGAAUGGACCUCAAGCGGCGUUAGUGGGGUGUGCUGGCUUUGCAGCAUUUUCUUUAGCAAUUGACACUUAUAUGAACAGUGAAAAUGGGAAACCAACAGAAAAUGAUUUUAAUGACUAA